GUGAUCAUAAAGAGGCGGGGCUUCCAGAGGUGGGCGGGGUUGUGAUUGGCCCGCGGCAGAGAAGGGGCGGGGCGGUGUUUGCCCCGGGGCAGGCGUUGCAUUUCCCCCGGGCCAGGUGCGGUUUGACUCACCCUGCGCUCCGUAGAGGCUGACGUCACAUGUACGGGUGAGGUCCGGAGACCCGGUGCAGGCGUGGGGUUGCUUUGGCCGCGCGCUGCACUGAGGGGAGCGAGCCCGGCCGGGCGAUGGAGGGGCCGCCAGGUGACAAGGUCUGGAGAUGUCUGGGCUGUGGGGACAGCAUUGCUGCUGGUGAACAACUGUAUAGGACUGUUAAUGAAGCUUGGCACAGCUCCUGCUUCCGGUGCUCUGAAUGUCAGGACCCCCUCACUAACGGGAACCGUGAAAAGGAUGGGAAGUUCUAUUGUCACAAAGACUACUGGGGGAAAUUUGGGGAAUCUUGCCAUGGCUGCUCUUUGCUGAUGACUGGACCUGUGAUGGUGGCUGGAGAAUACAAGUACCAUCCUGAAUGCUUUGCUUGUAUGAGUUGCAAAGUAAUCCUUGAAGAUGGAGACACAUAUGUGCUAGUACAACACUCCAUACUCUACUGUGGAAAAUGCUAUAACCAGAUUGUGCUGAUGCCAAUGGUAAAAACUUUGGCCACGGAAUCUCUGCGUGAACAACUACCAUAUACACUGACCCUCAUCUCUAUGCCUGCAGCCACUGAUGGCAAGAGAGGGUUCUCCGUGGCUGUUGAAAGUGGCUGCUCCAGCUAUGCCACCAGUGUCCAGGUGAAAGAACUCAACAGAAGACAUAUUAGCCCAGAUGUCCAAAAUGCCAUCCACUCUGGAGAUCGGAUCCUGGAAAUCAAUGGAGUCCCUAUUCACACAUUACAAGUGGAGGAAGUGGAGGACCUGAUUUGCAGGACAAGCCAGACACUUCAGCUGCUCAUAGAACAUGACCCUGUCUCUCAGCGACUAGACAGACUGCGUCUGGACUCUAGGCUCCCCACGCACAUAAAAACCACCACCUCUUCGCGCUCCAUUUCCCCAUUGAACAUUAAGGGGAAUGUGGAAGGAACACUGCACAGGCGUUCCCUCAGGCGAAGUAACAGUAUUUCCAAGACUCUUGGACCCAGCUCCCCAAAGGACCCUCUCAUUCUGAGCCGUGACAUCAGUCGCUCUGAAUCUCUGCACUCCUCCUCCAGCUAUUCCCAGCAGAUCUUCCGGCCCUGUGAUCUGACACAUGGUGAAGUACUGGGGAAAGGGUUCUUUGGACAAGUUAUCAAGGUAACGCACAAAGCAACAGGGAAGGUGAUGGUGAUGAAGGAGCUGAUUCGUUGUGAUGAGGAAACCCAGAAGACUUUCUUGACAGAGGUGAAAGUGAUGCGCAGUUUGGAUCACCCCAAUGUGCUGAAGUUCAUUGGUGUACUGUACAAGGACAAGAAGCCGAACUUUCUCUCAGAGUACAUUGAAGGGGGGACUCUAAAGGACUUCCUCCGCAAUGCAGACCCUUUUCCUUGGCAGCAGAAGGUCAGCUUUGCCAAAGGAGUUGCUUCAGGAAUGGCCUAUUUGCACUCCAUGUGUAUCAUCCACAGAGACCUGAAUUCACAUAACUGUCUGAUCAAACUGGAUAACACUGUGGUGGUUGCUGAUUUUGGACUGUCUCGGCUGAUUGUGGAAGAGAGGCAGAAACCCACCCUGGAAAAACCAUCUGUCAAGAAGCGAACCCUACACAAGAGUGACAGGAAGAAGCGCUAUACUGUGGUCGGGAACCCAUACUGGAUGGCGCCGGAGAUGUUAAAUGGGCAGAGUUACGACGAGACUGUGGACAUCUUCUCAUUUGGGAUUGUUCUCUGUGAGAUCAUCGGGCAGGUGUAUGCUGACCCUGACUGCCUCCCUCGUACCCUGGAUUUUGGCCUCAAUGUAAAGCUGUUCUGCGAGAAGUUUGUUCCUGCCGAUUGCCCUCCAGCCUUCUUCCCUUUGGCUGCCAUUUGCUGCAGGCUGGAGCCAGAGAGCAGGCCCCCGUUUUCAAAGCUGGAGGAUUCCUUUGAAGCCCUCUCUCUGUACCUGGGAGAACUGGGCAUCCCCCUCCCUUCCGAGCUGGAGGAGCUGGACCACAAUGUGACAAUGCAGUAUGGGCUGAGCCGUGACAAGCUACCUGAAAACACAACCUAGGCGGCCCAUCCUGUGAUCCGUGCUACUCUUCAUGGGAUCCCCUAUGAGUGGUGUGGAGGGGAGAUGUAUUUCAGCCACCUACAGGGCAUUCAAAGGGCACCAACUGCAUAGUUGGUGCAUCACCUCUCCCUCCUGCAUGAAACUAAACCGCCAUGUCUGUUUGAUCUCCUGGGUUCACUGUAGAUUUAUGGCAUAUUUUGCAAGUGAAAAAGGCUGUUUCCUGCCUGCGGCACCAAAGAGAGCUGCUCACCACAAAGGGAAAAACACAAUUCUCUGGGGCCUGUCUGGCCUUGUAUCACUGUGGUGCCUUAGAACUUGACAUGUGACUGUAAGCUGUGAAAUAAUCCUGGCCUAUCUGCCAGGAAGGGAAUCACUAUAGGAACUCAUCUUUGUUAGGAACUGCUUUCCUGGAAUCACUUGUCCCUGACUUUUUAGUGACUGCGCUCUCCUUGGAAGACCUGGAAUACACUAGAACUGGGAAAACCAGGCACCUGGCAAAGGACUCAAUCAGGGACACCAUUGCUUUUCUACAUGUAAAGGGGGGAGUUCCCAAGCUGCCUAGGGGUUGGGAACUUGGCCCCCUAGUUGGGGGUGGGAGCAGCUCUAGGAACUGCAUGGAGCUCGAACAAAAUGGUUGUGGUAUCAUGUCUGUGGGUAGCCUGUGUCCUGGUUAAUGUAGUUCCACCCACCCGGGCCCUGUUCAGAAACACUACAGCCAGUGAAAACCUGGCCUUUGCUCAUCCUUCUCAUGUGAAUGAGGCUGUGAUCCGAGUCCAGAGGGUAAGAAUGGGGAGACUGAAUGGCUCUCAGGUAUGCUUUUAACUCUACAAACACCUUCAGCUAUGAAUCCACACAACCAGUCCCCCAGGCUGGAACCUCAGAUCAGACAAGAGGACACAAGUCUGAAUGCCCAGAACUGCACCAGCACUCUGAUCCUGAUGUGCUGUAUAAAUGGGAGACUUGUCCCCCAAGAGCUUGUGCCUGGUUCUGGGCAUUUGGUCUGGUGCAGUGAGAACGUGCUUUAUAACGGUGGCAGAAUAUACCUUGUGGAGAGCUGAAUAGCUCCAGGCUGAAGCAUGUGGCUUGGACUAGGUGAGUGUUUGAGAUGGAUAACCCUCAUGAGUGGAAGGAAUUUGAGGGCACACUAAAACCGUUACUCAAGGACAGAUGCUGGUGAAUUUGGAGUCUCAGGAGUAUUUGUAAUUCAGUAGCUAUUACUGCCCUUCUCCAGCAAGACCUGCACUGGAGGGGAGUCCUAUGAGUGGCUCUGCUGCUCAGUUAUCUGUUCUGGAGCCUGACACACAACUUGGUCUCAUUCUCCAAAUGGAAUCCUUCUCCUGUCAUCCCUCUCUUCCCACCAUGCAUGGUGAGGGAAGGAGGCAGCAUAUUCACUGGGGCAUUAGAGGGAAAUGUUGGAGGAAGGAAAUCGCUUCCCCAGUAAUAUGUGGCUGGUGUUAGCCAGUCAGAGGCUGGCUGCUAAGUCCACUUUGAGUUCCAUGCCCUCUUGGUAAAACUGGAUUCAGUCUCUGCUCUCCUUUGCAGCCCUAUAAUCUAAUAGUGAGGAAUGUUUGUUCCUCUAUUCCUAAGGAGUUGGGAAUGUGUGAAAGCCUGGCCAUAGAAAUUACAUGGGACCAGCCCUCAUGUCUGUCUUAAGUUGGUUGUGUUUAAUUUGUGUGGUGGUGGUUUUAGAAAUAAGUCCUGUACUGUGAGCCGGUGUGGGAGUUGCCAGUUGGGUUUGGUGGAUUCAGGCUUCUGAUUGUUACAGGACUUUCUUCCUACUACUUAGUAGGAUGGGGAAACUCAAGGGAGGGUGACCUGGGAUGAUGUGUGGGUGGAGAGUCUUAACUCAGUGUGAUUGCACAGCGCAGUGUGUGUUUGACUAAAUUAAAAGCAAUAAAUAUAUCCUAGGGAUGUAAGGCUGUUUGUUUGCUUUUGGAGCUUAUCAAAAACAUGAGGCUGCCACAGUGCAUCACCCGGGCCAUCCAACUGGUAGCUGUAGACUGACUUAACGGGGCAAGGACUUUAUAGAAAGAUAGGUCAAGCAUCAGAGCCUAUGUGCAAAUCUGCUACAGAACUGCGUUUAGCUAGGGUAGUGGAAUAGGUGGCAGUGACAGCAGCUCCUGUCAGGCCUAGCCUUUAAAAAUAAAAUGUUUGCCAGUUUUGAAAUCACCUGAACUCUAGCUGUGCUGCCUGCUCUUAAUCCAUGCCAGCCAGUGUGACCUCCUGAUUAUUUAUGCCAACCUUUCCAAAGCAAGAGCCAGAGGAACUGAGCUGCCUCCGAGGAGGAAGUAAAGCAGAAUCCAUUUCCUUCAGAGCAGGAAAGGAAUAAUUAGAUCAUCUCUCCCCAGGCCCAGCUCAGUAGUCACAUGACUUGUCACCAUAGCUUGUUCUGGGCUAGUGAAUAGACAGCUGCUUUUUUAGGAAUGCUCCGCUCCACUCUGAUGCUUGACUUGGCCAGCAUGGCCAGAGUCAACAUCCCCCACUGUUAGCUAUAGGUGAAGGCAUGUUCUGCUCUGAAUUGCUGAGGAGAUUGUGUGUCUUAGAUGGAGCUGUAGCUCUGAACAGAGCUAAGGGUGAACUACACUGGUCUUGAUUAUUCUCUCCUUUCACUGCUUUGCAGUUUGGGGCAGGGGCUUUUCCUUUGAGUAAUGCUGUUAGCCUGCUGGUGCAGCUAAAUACCCUGAAGGAGCUGAAACAUGUUCAGAAAGGCAGGCUGAGUUGUUACUUUUUCUAGCUGUGAGCUGCUGCUUCAAUUGAAGCCCACACAGAUUUCCACAGAACCUUUUUAAGCUUUUAAUACAAGGCAGCACAGUCUGUAACUUUUUAUUAUGAGGUAUUUAAAAUAUUUACAAAGAAAUGGUAUUCAAAGACUU